AUGGAGUCGUUACUCCGGCGCCAGCUCUUCGCCCAGUUCCGCGGCAACUCCGUAAAGGGCUCUGUCAACUCUCUCUCCCCCAAUACGGUGUACACCAUGCGGGUCGAGGCCAUGGAUAAAACCGGAAACGUCCUGAGCUGCGCAGAGUUGGAGAGGAGCUCAUGCCCCGAGGUACCAACCAUUGAGCAGGCCUACUCCAAGCAGAGCAACAGCAUCACCAUGGAGUUCACUGAGGUGUUUGGGGCUAGUGGCUACAUCCUGCAGGCCAAGUCUGAGGUGGGAGAAUUAUUUUCAGAGACCGUGGUGACCAGCUCCCCAGGCACGGUGCUGCAGUUGCAGCCAUACACAGACUACACCCUCAGUGUCAUGUCUGUCAACAGUGGGGGACACAGCCAGCCCUCAGCACCCGUCCAGAUCAGAACAGUGGUGGUGGCCCCAGAGCUCAACUCAACCUCUCCCAGUAAUGACACCAUCUUGGUGACCUGGUCUCCGGUAGACCAUGUCAUCCUCUACAUCCUCUGCAUCAUCAGGGAAGGCUCCGACUUCCGCCUCAAACUCAACACCAGCAAUCCCUUCAUGAACUUUGAUGAACUGGAGCCCGGCACCACCUACUGCAUUAAGGGCACGGCAUGGGACCUGGACGGUCGCCCCGGAGACGACCUCACUGUGUGUCAGAUCACCCUUAAGCAUGGCAAUUGGGUGUUUGGUCCUCUCAGCCCUGAAGCCAUCCAGGUGUUGUUGACCCAAGGCACGUCUGUGGAGUUGUCAGUCUACUGGCAGACGGUGCGUGGUGCGGAUGACUACUUGGCCAAGACCUCUACUGGUCAGAACUGCUCUGCCUCAGAGAGGUACUGUAUCAUCAGUCCACUGCGCUGCGGGCAGAACCACCGUGUGACUGUUACUGCCGAGAACAGUGCUGGACGCAGCAACCCCUCUGACCCUGAGGACUUCAUCACAUUCCCGUGCACUCCGGAGCGUAUCUGGGUAGAGGAGCGCGAGGCAGGCAGCUGCUCGAUGGAGUGGACCGAGAUGCCCCUGGUGGAUCACUACAUGGCCUUCAUCAAGAGAGACGACGGCGCUGAGGAGCUCUGUAAUACCACCGACACCACCUGUCAAUUCCACUGCAUGUGUGGGUACACCUACCUCACCACCGUGUUCGCCUACAACCAUGCUGGGUCCAGUCCUCCAGGAGAAGUGUUGAACUAUACUACUAUCCCAUGUUGCCCAGAGGAUGUUACCAUAGCACUGGUGUCCACGGAAACCCUGGAGAUCAUGUGGUCAUCGGUGCGAGGGGCGGAGCUAUACGAGACGAUGGCGGGGGAGAUUGAUGAAGUCAUCCACUGUAAGGACACGGCGCCUGUGUGUGCUCUGUCUGACCUGCGCUGUAACACACAGUACAGUGUGGUGGUGACACCAUGCCGCGAGAUACAAGGCUGCAACCACACAUGCAAACCUCAUACACAUGAGACAGCUCCCUGUUCUCCAGAGAUCCUGAGUGUGUCUCAGAUCAACUCGUCCUCCAAUGUCAGUGUCCUGUACAUGGCCUCCAACACCCUCAACACUACCUACACCAUCACAGCCCUGGGGCUCACCAACACACACACCUGUCAAUCCGUCUCCACCUCCUGUCAGCUCACACAGCUGUCCUGUGGAGCCACCUAUGAUGUUACGGCGUAUGCCAGCACGGCAGUGGGGCGAAGCCUGCCCAGCUACAGCGUGCCCCUGGAGACAGGUCCCUGCUGUCCCUCCACCCUGACAGUAGACCAGGUGACCCAAGCCAUGACCAACAUCACCUGGACCCAUGCUAGAUGGGCAAGCUUCUACGUCACUGCGCUGACAUCAUCGCGGGGAUAUGCCAAGUGCCACACCAUGGACACGCACUGCCUGAUGGGAUGCAUCACCUGCGGGACCAACUACAGCGUGAGCCUGGAGGCCAUCAGCAGGACAGGCCACAUGUCAGAGUGCAGCUAUCAUGGGUUCUCCUCCAGUGGUAGCCCCCUCGGCCCAGCCUGA